GUCGUUUGGGGGCAGUGAGCUAUUUUAAAACGUGUGUCCCUUAAUGGAAGCCUCACACCCAGAUCUGGGCAGAUCUGACAGAUUGCUGAAAAAAGAUUUCAAGCACAGAUUGGAGCAGGAAGAGGAGAGACUCCAUAAAGUCUGAUUUAUUCCAGAUUGGGGGAAAGACCCGCUGCAUAAGUUUGGGGCCCUUGCUUGGUGUGGGGCCCUUCUGGCUGGGAAUGGAAUCCAGCCCAUCUUACGAGAACCAGGCUGGGUUGGCCGCUGUACAGAUUUCCCCUUCUGGAGGCAUGAUGGUCAGUCACCCACAGAGGACCUAAACUGCCUCCUUUUAAGCACUUCUUUCUGAGUCGGCAAUGAGAGGGAAGAUCCAGCCGUGUGGACCUCUGGAGGAAUGCUCUGCCGUUCCCGCAGAACGCAAGCUACGCUCCUUCUCCUUUCCGGAAUCCAUUUAUAUCCCCCUUUUUGCUGUGAACUCCCCCGGAGACCCUGGGAAAGUCUACGUUUCCUGUUUCCCUUCAUGGAAAACGGUGCAGCUGCCGUUCCCACCUUGGUGCUGACGAAAGGUCCUCGAGUGCUUUCUGGCCUGGCAUCUGGACGUGCCGAAAGCGGGGGAUUGGUUCGUGCCACGCUCGGGCAUGGCAGAGGCUACAGCUGAUGUGUUUGGAGGGCCAAGGUAGACACGGCCACUGAUUUCAGGCGCAAUCCUUCGCCUGCAUGACCAGCUAUAGUAGAGUGGGCUGGGGGCUCUGGAUGUGCGCAUCAAGCAAACAAACAGCGAUUAUGCCAGAUUGUCCCCCUGGCUGAUGGACGAUUCCCCUUCUUGCUGAUGGCUUUGCUAUCAAAGCAGACAUUUUCCUAACACGAUUUGGACGGAUGGUAUCCAAGGAUUAUAAUCCAAUGGCCCCCUCCCCGAGGAAGAACGCAGUCAGGACUUCAACAGCGGCGGCGGCUUGGUGUGGACGGGUCUUCUCUGGCUGCAGCGGGAAUCUUCGGUCCCCAGCAGAAUGGGUCCCGGGCUGGCUCUUAGCGUGUAUCUCUUGGCCUCACUGAUUCUGAGCAUGGAUGCCUCUGCAGUCAGCAACUGGUGGAAUUUAGUGCCCAGGAAAACAGUGUCCUACAACGAACUGAAAGAAGUAACCAAAUGUUUCUCGAGGGCAGGAGUGUCCAAUUAUACAACACUGACCCUGGCUGACCCCAAAGGACUGCUCUACGUUGGGGCUCGAGAAGCCAUCUUUGCCCUAAGCACCAGCACCAUGGAGCUGGAGGAAGCAAUACUUUGGGAAGCUCCAGCAGAGAGGAAAGCCGAAUGCAUCCAAAAAGGCAGAAGCAAUCAGACUGAAUGUUUCAACUACAUCCGUUUCCUCCAGACCUACAACAGCUCUCACAUGUACACUUGUGGCACGUACGCCUUCCAGCCCAAAUGUGCCUACAUUGAUCUGGCCACGUUCUCCUUGGACAGAUUCUCCUUUGAGGAAGGCAAGGGCAAAUGUCCCUACGAUCCUGCCAAGGGAUACACAAGCCUCAUUGUGGAGGAAGAGCUGUAUUCCGCAACACACAACAACUUCCUGGGCACUGAUCCCGUGAUCCUGCGCAACUUGGGCCCCCAGUAUUCUGUCAAGACUGAGCACCUGCCUACGUGGCUGAAUGAACCCCAUUUUGUGGGCUCAGCAUUCAUCCAGGAGAGCAAAGGCAGUGACAAAGGAGAUGACGACAAAGUUUACUUCUUCUUCAGUGAGCGGGCAGUAGAGUACGAUUGUGACAUUGACCAGGUGGUGGCUCGAGUGGCUCGUGUCUGCAAGGGAGAUGUUGGCGGUGCCCGUACUUUGCAGAAGAGGUGGACGACGUUUCUGAAGGCCCGGUUGCUGUGCUCUAUUCCAGAGCAGCAGCUGCAUUUUAACCGGAUCCAGGGGACCUACACGCUGAAUGGGGAUCACUGGCGCGAGACCAGCUUUUUUGGGGUCUUCCAAGCACGCUGGGGAGACGUAGAUGUUUCUGCCAUUUGCCAGUACCAGAUUCUGGAUGUGCAGAAAGUGUUUGAGGGCCCCUACAAGGAAUACAGCGAAAUUGCACAGAAGUGGAUUCGCUACUCUGACCAGGAACCGGUUCCUCGUCCAGGAGCUUGUAUCACAGAUUGGCACCGGCACAACAGUUUCUCCACUUCUCUGGAGCUCCCAGACAACACCCUGAACUUUGCCAAGAAGCACCCGCUGAUGGAUAAGGCCGUGCCACCACAGGGCAACCGCCCCUUGCUGGUCAAGAAGGAUGCCAACUUCACCCAGCUGGUGGUGGAAAGAGUUCAUGGACUGGAUGGGAAACCAUACGAAGUGCUGUAUAUUGGAACAGAGAAUGGCUGGCUGCACAAGGCGGUGGCCUUGCCUUCGGGUGUCCAUCUCAUAGAAGAACUGCAAGUUUUUGAGGAAGCCCAGCCAAUCAAGAGCCUGGUGUUAUCUGUACAAAAGAGGGUCCUCUUUAUCGGCUCCAAUUCACAAGUCAUCCAGGUACCUGUGGCCGACUGCAGCAAGUACCGGACAUGUUCCGACUGCAUCCUCGCCAAGGAUCCGUACUGUGCUUGGACUUGGAACGGAAGUCGUUGUGUCCGCAUCGAUGCUUACGAUGGGACCUCAGCGCUGUUCCAGGAUUUGAGAACGGAGCCAAUGAUGUGUAGCCCCUUGCGUUCUUCCAGGCCAGGGACCAAGAUGAGUUCCAAGAACAUCACCGUGAUGGUUGGAACGGACCUGGUGCUACCUUGCCGGCUCACCUCCAACCUCGCUAAGGCCUUUUGGACCUUCAAUGGGGAGGAUUUGGCUGAAAAACAGAGUUCAGUUGUCUAUGAUGCUCAUCUUCAGGCACUGAUUGUUUUGGGCAUCAGUCUGAAGCAUGCUGGGUUGUACAAGUGCAUCCAGCUAGAGGAGCUGAAUCAAUUGAUGGCUGAGAGUUACCAGGUCAGCGUGUUGUCCGGCCCAGCCGUGUCGCUGGAGACCCGAGCUCCCUUGGAGAACUUGGGCCUGGUCUGGGUGGUGGUGAUUGCUCUGUCAGCCGUCUGCGUGGUUCUCCUGCUCGUGGUGUUUUCCCUGAGGCGCAGGCUGAAAGAAGAACUUGAGAAAGGCUCCAAGGCCAUUGAGAGCACCCUUGUCUACCCCAUUGAGUUGCCCAAAGAGCCCAAAAGCCCCACCUUUAUUCCCAGCACCACCUCGGACUCCGACGAGAAGCUCUGGGACCCCGCCAGCUACUACUAUUCAGACGGUUCCCUGAAGAUCGUCCCGGGUCAUGCCGUGUGCCAGAACGGGGGCACCACUCCCUCACCCACCACUAAUGGCAUUCCUGGCCAGCCUCUGCAGUCUCCGCACCUCCACUCACCCAACCGCAUCAACCUGGGCAACAUCCGGGGCUCGUCUUCCAACGGCUACAUCCGCCUCAAUUUGGGCACCGAGGAGCGGCCGGACUACAGUGACUUGGCGGAAGAGCUGCGUCGGAAGCUGAAGCAGAGGCAAGCUCUGCCUGACUCGAAUCCCGAGGAGUCUUCGGUGUGAGCUGCCCGGCAGACUUGUCUGACGAAUUACUCAACUACCUCAUCAACUAGGCCGGGAUCACUGCCCCCAGCCAAAACGACUCUUUCUUUUUAAGAAAAGAACCCAGACACUUUUGUAACAGGCUUCCUCACAUCCCCAAUUUUGAUACACUGCCAAGACCCCUUCCCUCGCAGCUCUUGCAUCGUUCAGUGUUCCCUGCUGUGCUUCCUUUGGGACCAUUCCCCGGGUUUUGUGAGUGGUGGUCUUCAUUCCUUCACCCUGGAUGUUCAGUCUGAGCCUUCAGAGCAGUGUUUCUCAACCUUGGCCAUUUGAAGAUGGGUGGACUUCAA